GGGGUGGGGGGCGGCGGGCGUGCCGGGCAAGAUGAGCUUGGCCGGUGGGUGCCCCGUCCCCCGCGGCUCGGCCGUGCCUGGCCUCACGCCCGUUGCCUUCGCAGAGGAUGAGCUGAGCCUGCUUGUGGCGGUCGUGGACGCCAACCCCAUCUGGUGGGGCCAGAAGGCGCAGGGAGGCGGCGAGUUUACGUUGUCAAAAUGCCUGGAUGCAGUGAUGGUGAUGGGGAAUUCGCACUUGUUCAUGAAUCGCAGCAACAGACUUGCUGUGAUUGCAAGCCAUACACAAGAAAGUCGUUUCUUAUACCCUGGAAAGCGCUGGGCAUUUGCAGAUCUCUUUGGAGAUGGUGGCAGCUGUAUAGAAUCUAAUUGCGCUGGCAGCAAGGAUGGAAAAUAUGAAUUAUUAACUGCAAUAAAUGAAACAAUUGCAGAGGAGAUUAAAGACCUCAUGACAAAAACUGAUGUGAAGGGCCAACAAACAGAGACUUUAUUGGCAGGAUCAAUUGCCAAAGCACUUUGUUAUAUUCACAGGAUGACCAAGGAGGUAAAAGCCAACCAAGAAAUAAAAUCAAGAAUUUUGGUUAUAAAAGCUGCAGAAGACAGUGCAUUGCAGUAUAUGAAUUUCAUGAAUGUGAUCUUUGCAGCACAGAAACAGAAUAUUUUGAUUGAUGCCUGUGUUUUGGAGAAUGAUUCGGGGCUCCUACAGCAGGCUUGUGACAUCACAGGAGGCAUAUACUUGAAAGUGCCCCACAUGCCAUCUCUUCUGCAGUAUUUGUUGUGGGUUUUUCUUCCUGACCAAGAGCAAAGAUCUCAACUCAUCCUUCCACCCCCCAUUCAUGUGGACUAUAGAGCUGCUUGCUUCUGCCAUCGCAAUCUAAUUGAAAUCGGUUAUGUUUGCUCCGUGUGUUUGUCAAUAUUCUGCAACUUCAGUCCUAUCUGUAGCACGUGCGAGACUGCUUUUAAGAUUUCCUUGCCUCCUGUCUUGAAGGCCAAGAAAAAGAAACUAAGAGUAGCUGUAUAGCAACUUUACAGAUACACGCUGUUACCUCAUGCAUAUAGUUCUGUUAAACAGAAUAUGACUUAGAAGUUGUUGACGGUUUUUUUUCCAAAGGAUGAGAGAAAAUUGUAUUCAGGUGUUGGAUGUUAAUUCCUUAAGGACUAAACACAUAAGUGUCAUGCAUUACAUGCACCAGCCCUUUCAUUAGAUGAAUGGUUGCGUUGGUGCCUAAUCUGUGUGACUUUAAAACCACAUUCUUGCUUGUGAUUAUCAGAAACCAAGCAUUGCUUUUUCUUAAUUAAAUACCUGUGAAGCAAGCAGUGUUCUGAUGAUACCAGAAUAGGUUUCUAGCCUAAGGGUGCACAAGGCCCUGAUUUGGCAAACACUUACGCACGUGUGUUUAAAGUAAGCCUAAGUAUGGCCAUCAGCACUUGUGGGAUCUAGAUCUUGGUGUUAGAGACCUAAUUUGCAGUUCCUGGGAAUCAGAAUCCUGUUGAUUUGCUUGGAAGUGUUACCUGCAGGCAGACUGCAGCAGGAUGAGACUCUUGGUAAAUGACCCAAGGUUUUCAACACAGUUUACAGUCUGCUCUCCUUUGUAAAGAGGCAAAUCUGAAUUUUUUGUUUUUCUCACUGCACCAUAUUUUAGUGGCAUUAUGUCCUUUCUGGGCAUUUCUUUUUUCCUUCCUCACUUUGGUAUCUUCCCUCCAAACAAAUAUUGUUUGAAAUCUAUUUAUCUGAGUAACUAUUACCAUGUAAUACGCAGAUGAGUAAUUUUCCUGCUGAAGGUCAUCAACACAAACUUCCCUCACUUUUUUUUGGAAAAAUAACUCCAGGGUCCCUUUUUGUUUUUCAGAUGAGUGUCAGCUUAGAAUGGUAAGCUUGCUGAUUAGUUUUUAAGAUGGUCUUGAAACCAGAAAACACUUUAGAUCUGUUGUAAUAAGAUUUGUUUCUAGGUUUUAUUAUAGUAUGGCUUACCUAGAGCAUUCACAUGACACUUGAGAAGGAAGUUCUGCAUAUUUUGAAAUGAUAUUUUUGUAUCUCAGAAUGUGAACACACUGCAUGUCCUCAGUUCAAAGCAUUUUGUUUUGAUUAAAAAAAAUUAAAAAACCUUGUCUACUUUUAAACUGUAACAGCAUAUUUGGUGUUUUAACAUGUAUUUAAUAAUUGAUGUGCUCCUCAAAAAUAUAAGGGAACUCAUUAUUUUCUAUUUAGGAAAAAAAAAGACUAGAGAAAUUCAGUUUCUUUUUUAAAGAUGUAUAUAGCAAUUGAGACUUUAUUUUCAUCAGGUUGUUGUCUAUGUAACUGUUUUAUCAAAAAUACCAGUUUUUUUUACUGGCUUGUUUGUUGAUUGAAAACCAUUUUAUUUGAACACAGUAUUUAUAAUUUUCUUUUAUAUGAAUAUUUGUAAUAAAUGACUGGCUUUAUUU